AUGUCUAAGAAACCAGACACAAAAGACGUUAUGAAGCUCCCAUGCGAAGUGGCCCUGCACAACGACAGUGUCUCGUUCCGUGAGGUGCUACGAUGUAUUUCUCGUGGCGGGCAAGGACCGGCCUGUUUCCACAAAGGAGAAAAAGCUUUGAUCGGUGGAACAGAUGCCGGGGCGGAGGUCAAUCAGUGGGGCUGCAUGGCCAUCCCUCAACAGCAGGGGAAAGCCCAAUGA